CUUGCUUCUAAAAGGUUGCAGACAAGUCGCGCUUUCUCAUCGUAUCUCGAAAGUGUCUCGGAAUCAUUGUUGCCGAUGCACGUUAGCAUUGUAGCCAUUGUUACGCAGAAAGGUAUAUCCUCCUCUACCAGCCGCAGAAGGGUGCACUUGUCCCUCCUUCUAUCACACUUUCGAUGAUGUCUCAGAUCUAUCUCCACAUCGGCAAUGCCAGCAAAAGCCCAAGAUCACACUUAUAAUGGAGCCGAGAUGAGAUCAUCAUCAAGGUUCAUUCUCUAAAUAUUGUCUUCUUGAGUCUGAGUUCUGCUGCCUGGUGUUGCAACUCCAACUCUUCCGAAACUCUCUUAAUCCAUCUCUUUGACUAACGAACGCUGACCCACGUAUUUUCAUCAGCAUCAUAAUGUCUGUCGGCAUCACAAUCGCCUGUUUCCCCAUGCUCGAGUCCUUGCUUCUGGUAUUGCUCAACUUCUUCGCCACGUUCGUCCCCAAACGCCAGACUGAACCCGAAUCAACAAGAACCGAUCGUCCAGAGUGCGACUAUACGCGGCGGUUCAAUCUCGCAACCAUAUUCAGGCGCCCAAAACCCGCCUACCUUCGAUCAAACUCCGACUAUGAUCCCAUUCAAGGGAACAGUCGAUUCCUCGAAAGAUACCACGAUCCAGGCUCGAACGUGACGUUCGAUCUCUACCGCUCCGCUCCGCCGCGUCUUCCACGUACGUGGGAGUCGCACACUCGAACGCCGAACAGAGCCUCGUCACUCACCAACUUCAGCCUGCCUUUCUCUGUUGAUCAGAGGGACCACUCAUAUUCUGCCGUCAGGUCGUCCAGAGCGAGUUUUGGGACAGGAGAGUUCAUCGGGAUGGACUUAUCGGACAUUGGGUCGGGGAUCGGAUACGCCGUGAGCAUUACGAGCGGUGACACGGUGAGCGAGGAGAUCAACCAAGACCGUCAAAGUCUUGAUGGUAAAGACGACAUUCCACCAGUUCCUAAGAUGAAGGACUUUGCGAAUGACAUGCCAGGCAUUGUGCGUACAACAACCACGUACAUCACUGUUAAGUAGUGUGGUUUCGUUUAGGUUACGUCCUUCUAGUUCGGUUUUGAUCUUUUGGCGGGAGGCGUGUAGCGGUUAUGGUUGAGAGUUGGAGCCUCAUGUUAGAAGCAUUUGGUACUGAAUACAUAUUUAAGCACAUGACGUUCAAAUGAAUGUUUAAUAACAGAACUGUUCUCGGUCAUGUGUUAUCUGCGUUAGGCGGCUUGGGAGAAUUUCCUGGCCAGGGACCCUUAAUCGAAGCUACACGAGAUCCAAGUAUAUGCUUCAAAGAAUCUCAAGUUAAUAGUAUUAUUCAUUGAAGUCCGAAUAUACAUCGUCACGUGAUGGCGAAUGAAGAGUGUUGAGAGUAAUGAUAAUUAAACAGUCCCCUCGACUCUA